GGAUGACAAAACAGAGGUGUGUGAUGAUGAGAACGUAAACGACACUUCUAAAGGAUUAGUUGUCAUGGGAACUCCAGAAAAAAAUACAUGUUUAGAAAAGAUUAAUGACAGUAAUCUUAUACAAAAGAAACAAAAGCAUCGAAAAUUAUGGAUGCACAUCUGAAAAAGAAACUGAGAGUAGUAUAUCUGAAACUAUUAGUAGUUGUGAAGGAACAUCUGUAACAGAUCACACAGACCUUUCUUCUAAAGACAGAUUAGGAGGCAGGAAAAAUAGUUCUGACAGGAAGUGUUCUGAUAGUGAUGAAAGAGGUGGUGAGGAAACUGACAGAUUUGAUGAAGAUGGAGAUUACGAAAGUGAAGAUCCUGUUCCCAAAUUUAAUUGGAAAUUCAGGGAGAAAGGGCAAGAGUUAGCCAAUACAUGUGAGAAACAGCAAACGAGAAUUAGACUUGAUACACCACAUCUAGGUUGUAAUGGAGGCUCCACAUUGUCGCUCAUCAGGAAAGAUUAUAGUAUGUGUAAUGAACAGGGAAAGGGUAACGGUUUAAAACUGGAAAGAAUUUCCUGUUACGAAUCCAUUAAGAAGCGACUACAUGGUGACAAAACAUCUAAAGGCUCAGGCUGUCAAUAUCAGUCUGAUGUAGGCCAACGUAACAAAAUUAUUCACACGACUAAAACUUCAAACUUAUCAGUAAGUGACACUAGCGAUGUAAAUAAAACCAAUGAAGUUGUUUGGCAAAGAAGACUGGGAGAACAAAACAAUGAGAAAAGUAAAUUAGACCCAUCAGACAUGAAUAAAGAAAGUGAAACAGGGUAUGGUGGAAUUUCAUCACAGGAAGAUGCACAUACAUUCACACACAGCUUGCCCCAAAAGCGAAUGUCUGAUUUGGCUGAAUCUUCUGUGGCAUCAAAGUUGGCGCGAAUGACGAGGCUGCGACAGAAGGAAGUAAGCAUUUCCACAGGCAAAGCUUUCGGUAGUGAGGUGGAACACAGGGUACCGUUAUCAUCUCACAAAUUAGGAGAUUCCACAACAAAUACGUCAAAUAAUAGAGCAGUGUCAUCUUCAGAAUGUCAACAGAAGGUUCCUUCAAAUAUAUAUAGAUCAGGAAAUCAUUGCCAAUUGUUUGACCACUCUUGCUCAGUUCUGUGUUCUGAUGAUGUUUCUAAUAACAAGAGAAGCAUGGAGGAUGGAAAAAGCUGUGCCAUCACCUCAUCAGAUUCUUCAAGGAAAACAGUUGACUUGUCAAAUGUUCCAAAGAAAUUUCUAACAACUGCCUCAUUUGUACAGACAUAUGAUGAUAUAUUUAAAGAUUGUAUAGUCUCAAAAGACUUGUCUUGUCUGGAUCUGAGUAAUCAGAAGGAUUUUGAAAGUCGUACACUAGGACUGGGAUUGUCUAUUUCAGAGUGUAACACAGCUGGAUAUAAUCAAAUUAAUUCUAAACAAGGAUUGAAGCUAUUGAAAACAACAGUGGAUGACAGUCAAAUAAUACCAGACAAGGAGACAGAGAAUGAAACUUAUCUCGGGAGUAAAAAAGACACAGAUGAUGCCGGCAUUAACACAAAGGUCAGACUCCUUGUUGGUGAUGGAGGUGCACACUUUCAGGGUGUUCCUUCUGAGUCAGAGGCAGACAGCAUGCAGGACACAAUGCUGUUUGAAGGAACACCGAAAUCUGUUGUUAUGUUAGACUUUGAUAGAGGGGACAUCAAUACCCAGGAUUCCAGUACAGACCUACUGUGUUACGAGGAAUUUGAUUAUGCUCCAACACCACAAAGUAACAAAGACUCUUAUCAGGGAAAUGCUCAACAAAGUUACCAGACUUCUAAUAACUCUAAAAUGCUGACUCUGCGGGAUAAAACUUUCACUGAUGAUGUAUUGCCUCAAUAUCACCAGACUUGUGAGGGGAAAACAAAAAACUUUACCAUAUCUCCAACUCUUAGGGAAACAGAAGGUAAAAGUGCACUCACAGUGGAGAGCACAGAGAGUUUUACUCCCUGUUUGGCCAGUCCAGAAAUAUGUUCCAGUAAUAUGGCUACACGGGGAUCUGACACUCCUCAAUCUCAAGGCUUUGUUCCUAUAUCUGAUAUGUCAUCUGUGAUGGAUAAACAGGUACUAGAUUCUGUACAGGAAUCACAAGGAUUUGUACCAGUACCUGCUUUCACAGAAAACCGUGUGAUAUCACCAGCUGUGUCUGAAGGAUUUUCUCCUGUUAUGAUGGACGAUGAUUUAAAUGUAAAAUUAGAUAGCAGCUCUAGUAAUCUAAGAGGCAGUAAACGCCUCUGUGAGGAUUCUGAUGUCACUACUGUGUCCUCUACAAACCAGGGAAUGGAAACCCUGGCAGAGUAUCUGGACUCUUACUCUUCCUCAAUAGCCGAGUUAUAUGAGGAAGACAUGAGCUAUGUGAAGAAAAAGAAGUUGAGGAGCAACAUGAUAUCUCCCAACACAUCUUCCAGUGUUGAGAGUUCAGAACACACUAAAUCUUUGAUAAGUGAUGUGACACAGGACAAUGGUUUACCAGGUGUUUCUUCAGUAAAGUCUCAAAGUGAUUUAUCUAACUCUUUCCCAACUCAACUUACAAACGAGAUAUUCAAAACUCAAGCUCAUUUCAGGCAAGAUUCUGAUAGUUCUAUAUCCGACAAAUCAAAUUUAACACUGGAUAAUGAUCACUGCCGGCUCUAUGAUGGAGAGGGCAGUAGAGCUUUUGCAGGAAAUACUGGAGAGAACGCUGCAAGUUCUUUAGGAAAUGGUUUUAAUAUAGAAGUAUCAAGCAUGAUAGAUAUAAAAGGUUUUCCUGACAAAGGAAAUUUGGAUUCAUUGUCCAGUGAUAAAGACUUAAAAUGUAUUGAAAGCAUGAAUUAUAGACAACAGAGUGUCAGCCAACUUGAGAAGUCUGGGUAUAUGAGUAAAAAUGUCCGUCAUGUUGUAAUGUCUGACGAAGUAGAGGGGUGUAUCCAGUGUGAAUCAAUACAAAACAGUUUUUGUAACUCUACAAAUGUGGUAGCUGACAGCUCUGAGAAGAAUGAAGAGAGGACAGCUGUGCUUGAUUCUGUCACAGAGACAACUUCCAAUACAUUAGACAACGAUAAUUGUCAAGUGACCCAGUCAAAGAUGGAGUCAUUUCAAAAGUGUUGCCCAAUUCAGGACACUGACAACAGUGAAGCAGUAACAGAUAUCUUUUCUCGGGGUAACAUGGCCGACAGAAUUCUUCCUGAAAGCACAUUAAGCAUAACAAAUUUAGGAAGCACAACUUCCGACAAAUCAAAGGAGUUUGGUAUUUCGGGACUUACAUCAAAGCAACUCAAAGUACUAAGAGGAUCUAACAGGAAAGGCAAAUUGCCAGUGGACAUUUGUUGUAAAAGUCAAGAAAAAACAACAGAUUUAUUGGCAAAGACAGAUGGGUCAGCGGAUAUUGGUCAGUGGUCAGAUGUGGAUGAAGAGGACUUGGUGGCUGUCACAGAGAAUGGCCAGACCUGUACUCAGCAGUCUCAGGAUUUACACAACAACAAGACAGACAAUGUAAAAGACACAUGUGAACAGCCUUGGGUUGAAAUGGAAGAUCCAAAAACGGGUGAGAAGUUGUAUGUGAACAGUAUUACAGGCCACAACCGACCUCAGGACGGUAGCUGGGAACCACCUCCUCCAGAGGUGAGGAUGACUUCUUCUGGCUCUACGACACCUUCAGUGACAAAUACUAUGUUGAAUGACCUUUCACCUAAUUCCCACAAUACUUUACUCCACAUGAUGUCUGAACACUUGGAAAGCAUGGACAAAGAGGAGGAGGACUUGCUGUCUGUCAAAUGGGCAGGUACAAGAUGUAGCUCAGAAAGGACUGAAGAAAGCCAGGAAGCAGAUUCAAUAGGUACAAAAUGUGUGGAGGAUCUUCUAGAAAACUGGGAGAAUCCUGUGUUUGCAAGACCAGAACAGGCAGUAGCAGCAGCUGUGGAGGCCAGUAGAAGGCCGCGGGGCUCCGCCAGGGUUCAUGGUGUCCUUCACUCUCACAAGUUCACCAAGGAUAUGUUGCAGAAUGUAACGGUCAUAGGACAGGUAGACAACAAGUUUAUUGCCUGUAUGACAAGUUCUAGGAUGAACAACCUGGCAGCAGCUCCAAAUCUGAUGUUGCUAUUUGACCAGCAUGCUGCUCAUGAACGUGUUCGCUUAGAAAAACUUACCAAAGAGGCAUAUGAUGGCGACAACAGGAUUUGCUGCUCAACCAUUACACCAGCUAAAUGUUUGACACUAGAAGAGGAGGAAGUGCGAGUGAUGGUGUCAUACAGAGAGGAAUUUUCCAGGAUAGGGGUCACCUUUACCGCUGACAAACAGGAAAGGGACUCCAUCUUGGUACAUACAAUCCCAGCUUGUAUUAUGCAGAAAGAGGUUACUGAGGUUAAAAGGAAGAGGGAAUCCAUUGCAUGGAAUGUUGUUCUGAAUCUGUUGAAGGAACAUGUAGAGAUGUUGAUGAGCACCAGCGGUGUCCUGGGACGAUUACCUGCGACACUACAUAAAGUCUUGUGUUCCCAGGCAUGUCAUGGUGCUAUAAAGUUUGGUGAUCAGCUAUCAGUAGAAGAAUGUAAAGAACUCCUGGUGUCGCUGUCUCUGUGUGACCUUCCAUUCCAAUGUGCCCAUGGUCGGCCCUCAAUUAUGCCACUCCUGGAGUUGGACAAACUGAAAUUGAACCAUAAAACAAAGAAACCAAACUUAUGGAAAAUUUCAAAGCAACUUUAAACAUCAUGAUAACAGAAACAGUGUAAUCUACUUGUUGUCAGCUGAUGGCAAGAUUUUGAUGUCAAUUCAAAAGGCUGCAAUUCUAUAUAUAUAUACAAAAUUUAUGUGAUUGUGAUAUUCCCACAAAAUUCUUAAGACUGUGAUAGAUACUACAUAUUGUUAAUAUAAUUGUUUUCUGUGAUGUAUGUGAUAGUUCCAUGUGACAGCACGAGCCUGGACUAAGAGUGGAGUCCUGGACAAGACAGUGUAGACCAGGACUGAGAUGGUAUGUGACAGUGUAGACCAGGACUGAGACAGUAUGUGACAGUGUAGACCUGGACUGAGAUGGUAUGUGACAGUGUAGACCAGGACUGAGACAGUAUGUGACAGUGUAGACCUGGACUGAGACAGUAUGUGACAGUGUAGACCUGGACUGAGAUGGUAUGUGACAGUGUAGACCAGGACUGAGACAGUAUGUGACAGUGUAGACCAGGACUGAGAUGGUAUGUGACAGUGUAGACCAGGACUGAGACAGUAUGUGACAGUGUAGACCUGGACUGAGACAGUAUGUGACAGUGUAGACCUGGACUGAGAUGGUAUGUGACAGUGUAGACCUGGACUGAGAUGGUAUGUGACAGUGUAGACCUCGACUGAGAUGGUAUGUGACAGUGUAGACCUGGACUGAGACAGUAUGUGACAGUGUAGACCUGGACUGAGACAGUAUGUGACAGUGUAGACCUGGACUGAGAUGGUUUGUGACAGUGUAGACCUGGACUGAGACAGUAUGUGACAGUGUAGACCUGGACUGAGACAGUAUGUGACAGUGUAGACCUGGACUGAGAUGGUAUGUGACAGUGUAGACCUGGACUGAGACAGUAUGUGACAGUGUAGACCUGGACUGAGAUGGUUUGUGACACUGUAGACCUGGACUGAGAUGGUAUGUGACAGUGUAGACCUGGACUGAGACAGUAUGUGACAGUGUAGACCAGGACUGAGAUGGUAUGUGACAGUGUAGACCAGGACUGAGAUGGUAUGUGACAGUGUAGACCUGGACUGAGAUGGUAUGUGACAGUGUAGACCUGGACUGAGAUGGUAUGUGACAGUGUAGACCUGGACUGAGAUGGUAUGUGACAGUGUAGACCUGGACUGAGACAGUAUGUGACUGAGAAGGUAUAUAUGUGAUAGAUCGAGAGUAUAUACCUGGAACUAAUGCCUGUGACUGUACUUUAUCAUGUAAUAGCUAUAGUUUAAAAGGUAAGCACAAAAUAGAAUAAAUACUUAAUUUUCAUACUGUGUAAAAUACUCAUAAUUUAAUUAUUUAUUUCCUCCCAGCAAGAUUAUCUUAGUUAUAUAUUAUAUAGUCCCAUGGCUGAUUCUGUAUUGUUAUUGAUUACAGUGAUAAGAAAAUGUCUAAUUACCAUGUGUUUUACAGUCGGCAAUUAAUUGCUUUAAUUGGGACUGGUGAAAUUGUGAUAAGCACAUUCUUUCAAAAUCAGUUAAAAACAUGUUUUACAUUAGAGAACUAAUGUCUUGAAUAGUUCCCAUAGAAUUUUUAAAAACGUGUUUAAGGGAGAAAAUGAACAGUAGAAAUAAUAGAUUUUUUUCAUAAUUUCAAUGAUAGAAAAAUAAUUUAGACUCGAGAUCCUUUGCAGUUAUUUCCGUUGAUGAUCAGACCAGAUGUAGAUAUAUACAUCUAUUUAUCCUGAUGUGAGAAGCUUAAUGUGUUCCUGUACAUUUCCCUGGUACAUUUUGAUGGAAGUAAUUUUAUGUUCCUGUGAAAUUCCAUUUGGGUACUGUGUUUUUGCCCAGACAAAAGUGAUGAAAUGUCUUUUAUUCUAGUCCACAUCAGCCAAUGUAUUACACGAUAUUGGUGGUUAUUUUAAUUAGUGCCAUAUAUAAAUGUACUAUUGUUGCACAACCUUAAUGGUUUAAAUGGGUAUAGACUUUCCAAUUUAAAUUUUUUUGAAAAGCAUUUUAAUUAAAAAACCAAUGAUAUUGAUUAAAAACUACAUUUUUGUACCUGGUAAUUUUCCAUAAAUAUUGAGAUUAAAAUGUUUUCCUACUACUUAAAUAUGAUGUCUGAUGUGUCAUUAUUAAUAGUUCCGAAUCAUUGAUAAUACUGUUUUAAAAUACACCAUUACAUACAUGUGUAUGUAUAACAUGUUUGUAAUGAGUCAUGAAUGCUACUACAUCUACAAUUGUAUGUGUACAAUUAACAUAUUUGUUGACUUACACAUAUAAUAUAUGACCAGAUAUAUUUUUGAGUCCCACUUAAAAUAAUGAUUAGACUUCUGACAACCAAUUUCUGCAAACUUUUAUUUUCAUUUGCAAUUUAUUUUGAUAAACACUUCUGGCAACUGUCUUUAUUUAACCUUCUGGCAACUCUGUUUAAAACUUGGCAACUAUGUGAAGAAAAAGAUCUAUUGGAAUCACGGAAAUAAACCGCAGUCUCAAAUGGAAUCGUUUUGUCAUUUUUACGUGCAUAGACCACGUGCUAGAUGCUACAGGAAUUAAAAAGAACAAAUAAAUCCUCUCUUUUCCAAUA